AUUACAGAAGAGGGUUGUGGUACUAUAUAUACAAGAACCAAUAAAAAUGUCAAUGUUGGUUUAUUCUUAGUUUAAUUGUAAAAGAUUGUGACGGCACUAACUGAAUGCUUUAACGCCCUUGCCUAUUGGUAUAGUGCUGAAUUGUUUGCUUUGAUUUUUCUUCUUAAAGUAUUGUGAACUUAAUAUUACUGAAUACGUCUAGUGAAAAGCUUUCACACAUGGGUGAUUUGCUAAAGGCAAAUGGACAACAACAAAAGGAUCGGAGUUUUUUUUUCUGUGACCACAGAUUACUCCUCGUAACCCAGUGGUUUUGGAAUGCUACGUUGUUUUUGGUUCCUUUCAUAACUAAAUACGCCUGCUAAGAUAGAGGUACAUCUUAUAGACUGAGGUGCACCGACCCACGUUCCAAGUGAAGGGCCAUAACGGGACGACCUUAACAACUAGUCACACGUUAAGUCUAGUUUAUGGUCACCAAGAACAUUAGGUAGGAAAAUGGACAACGAAGGUUACGAACUGGAUGUUAUGGUAAAAUGUGUUCCCAUAGUACCAAGCUUAGAAAAUCAUGGAAACGGAGAUUUAUGUAUGAACCACGAGCAGCCAGUUGUCGAGGUAGCUAUGGAAGUUAGUGCCGAUAGGGAACGAUAUGAAGAGGUGAAGAGAGUAACGCAGACUGGCAAUGGGUUACGACUUGAUGAGUUGCUUACAGAUUGGGUUCAAUAUGGCUGGUUACGGGAUUGGAGAACUGAUGAUGGUGUCACACUCUAUGCAGAUGCCAUUACUGAUGGUUUUACUGAUGUUAUUAAUGUUCUGCUAAGUCAUGAUAUACCAGUUGGAGACGCUUUGAUUAGAGCCAUCGAUGUAGAGUUUGGUGAUGCAGUAGAGGCGAUAUGUCGCUAUCUUGAAACACGAAAGGAAUUAUGCGAGUCUGUGUUAAAUUCCAACUGCGACAACGAUGACUAUCACCCGGCUGUUACACCUCUUGUACUAGCCGCUCAGCGGAAUAACUUCAAUACAGUACAGCUUCUAGUGAAGCUCGGUGCUACACUCUGUGAACCGAACAUCUCUGCAGUUGGUGAUGUGACACUCACCCAGGCUACCUCUUUCCUUAACAUCUACCGUGCACUCUCUCAACCUGCCUACAUUUUGGCAACACAGACCGACGUCUUUGGCCACGCCUUUGAGAUGGGCAAGAAGCUCAAGACUCUGAGUAAUCUUUGGGAAGACUUUGGGGCCGAAUAUGAAGAGAUGUCAAGAGGAAUCGAGGUGUUUGCAGGAGAGAUGCUCGGACAGUCCAGCUCCACUGAAGAGAUUCUUGGGCUGUUCCAGUACCAUAACACUGACCAGUACAGAAACAUGGAGGGAAAGCAGCACCCAUUGUCCAAGGUGUUUGAAGCCAUAAAGUACCAGCAGAAGGAGUUCAUAGCUCACCCUCAUUCUCAGAAGGCAAUCAUUGCGCAGUUCUACCAGAACCUUCUGAGCUGGAACGAGAAGGGUGUAAUCUACCAGAUCCUGCUCACACUUUUCGUAAUGUUGGGAUACCCAAUCAUUUCCCUGCUCUACAUUUUCUUCCCGUUCCCGAAGGUGGUUAAAUUCGCCCGACUGCCGUAUGUGAUGAUGCUGAUGAAGUCUGCGUCUGGCAUUACAUUUUUAGCCUUUAUUGUUGCAAUCACCGUUAUGGACAGAGACAAAUGGCCCCGGGCUGCAACAACUCUGGAGUGGCUCAUAUUUAUUUGGAUUAUCGGUUUGAUGUGGUUACAUAUGAAGAUUCUCAUGAAGAAGGGAGCUAUGAAUUAUCUGACGGACAGUGCAAAUCUUCACGAAGCAGUCAUCAUUAUGCUAUACCUCGCUGUAUUCUUCCUCCAGUGGAAUGGACGUGUCUCUCUUACACCGAGCGUCCUGGUCAGCCGUCCAAAACGUGAAGUUAACGGUACAUUCCUCAACAACGAUUCUUACUCAGAUUUGCAAACCCACGUGACAUUGGCCUUAAAAAGUCUUCAUGGACAGCUGAAUGAGUCUGUCGUAGAGGGGGUGAAUGUGGUCAUAUCAGGUGUACUUUCUGGUUGUAGUCUCACUGACAGUAAUCUGUCCCAAGCAGCAACAGACUCGCCACUUUCUCCUGCACAGCAAGAUACACUAGAGUACGACGCAUUCCACCCAGUCAUUGUUGCCAAAGCGUUGUUUGGAGUGACAGUUACUGUUUCAUUCCUGCGUCUAAUGAACAUGCUGCUUGUCAGCGAUUCAGUUGGGCCAUUGCGAAUCUCUCUCGGGGCCAUGACAGCAGACUUUCUGAAGUUUAUUGCCAUCUUCAUAAUUGUCUGGCUUGCCUUCGCCAUUGGUCUUUACCAGACUUACAGGACUUCGGCAACAUCAGCAGAGCGGACAUGUUACGGCGAUGGAGGAGGACCUGAUGACUGCGCGAACCUAGUUGGAUUCUCAUCAUUGGGAGCCAGUGUAAUCGAUCUAUAUUGGUCUUUAUAUGGCAACAUAGAGCUUGAUGUCCUCGUUCUUCCUGCUCAAUACUCGUUGGCCGAGUCAGUUGGUACAACUCUUUUUCUACUCUACCACAUUGCUGCUGUUCUUGUCCUUCUAAACGCACUCAUCGGUAUGUUGUCGAACACGUACAAUCUCGUCGAGGAACACGCUGAUACGGAGUGGAAAUUUCACCGUGCAGCACUGUGGGUGACAUUUCUGCACCCAGUGGGUACUCUACCACCACCCUUUAACCUUAUCCCAUCUAUCAAGAGUAUCUUCCGUUUUCUACGAUACAUAAUUGGGAUAUGGUUGAAAUGUGCAAAACGAAAAGUCAUCAACCGGAAAAGGAUACACGAGAAGAAAGAGCUCAGUGACUACAAGAGAGUCAUGGCCCUCAUCCGAAGCCGAUACAUACAAGGAAACCUGUCUGUGACGUCCCUCAACACAGAGGGCAUUCGGCCACGUGACAUACAGACGUUGAGGAAUGACGUCAUGGCAUUCAGAUUCUUUGCCCUGGAUCGGCUCGAAAUCAUUGACAAGUCAUUGAAACUGUCCAAUGAGAAAUCAAUCGCUAUCAGUACAAAGCUAGAAGAUCUCGACCCUCUUCACGAACACGUUUCUGUUGUUCUGAACCAAUCAAGUGAUCUGACCGAUCACACAGAUGAACUGAAGGUAGAGACCGGAGGUUUAGUUGUGGAGCAGGAAACCGAGCUGUUGGAGAGAGAUCAAAUUACGGUUGACAUGAGAUCCACCAUAGCUGCUUUACGAGCUGAGAUAGAAGAUAUGAAGAGUAACCACUCAUCUUACAUAGAAGAGACAAUGAAAACACAGGGGAGUCUAUAUGAGACCAUACGGAUUCUACGUGAGGAAAAGACCUGUCUCCAGAAUGGGGUUCAAUCUCUCAAGGAAGACAAGGCCGAGCUUGCAACUCAAGUUGGUCAGCUAAAUGAUGAGAUAGUGCGAUUAAAUUCAAGAGUACCACCAGAACGGAAGAGUAAAGACGAGCCAGAUGUAAGACCACAGACGCCAGUACGACGUGGAUUUAUUCGAAGAAUUGCUGACAUGAUUGAAGACAAACUGAUUACGCAACAAGACGAAACAGAGUCGAAGGGUGCACAGGGAGGAACUGAAAAGGAGCAACAAACGAAGUCAGAAACAAAGAAAGAACGUCGACCCCAAGAAGAAGAUAACAUAGAGCAGCAGCAGACCACAUCACUUCCUGAUAACGAGUCAAUAGCAUUGGGAGAUUCAAAGCUGAUGUUUCGGCAACAGCAAUCAAACGUUCAAUCUGAAAUGAAGCAAGAGUCAGAACUACCCGAUUGUUAUGAUCUGGAACAAGGACUUGAUACCGCAAGAGAACUGGAGCCGAAGAUUGGACCUGAACCAAGCGUCGUGCUAGAUUUGAGUUCAAAGGAAACAAAGGAUUCCAGCAGUGAGCCCAAAGAACACACGGAUCCCAGAGAGCCCAAGGAUCCGAGAGAGCCCAAGGAUCCCAGAGAGCCCAAGGAUCCCAGAGAGCCCAAUGAACCCAGAGAGCCCAAGGAUCCCAGAGAGCCCAAUGAACCCAGAGAGCCCAAGGAUCCAAGAGAGCCCAAGGAUCCCAGAGAGCCCAAGGAUCCCAGAGCGCCCAAGGAUCACAGAGAGCCCAAGGAUCCCAGAGAGCCCAAGGAUCCCAGGGAGCCAAAGGAUCCCAGAGAGCCCAAUGAUCACAGGGAGCCCAAUGAUCCCAGAGAGCCAAAGGAUCCCAGAGCGCCCAAGGAUCACAGAGAGCCCAAGGAUCCCAGAGAGCCCAAGGAUCCCAGGGAGCCAAAGGAUCCCAGAGAGCCCAAUGAUCCCAGAGCGCCCAAUGAUCCCAGAGAGACCAAUGAUCCCAGAGAGCCCAAUGAUCCCAGAGAGCCCAGGGAUCACAGAGAGCCCAAGGAACCCAGAGAGCCCAAGGAUCCCAGAGAGCCCAAUUAUCCCAGAGAGCCCAAGGAUCCAAGAGAGCCCAAGGGUCCAAGAGAGCCCAAGGAUCCCAGAGAGCCCAAGGAAUCCAGAGAGCCCAAGGAUCCCAGGGAGCCAAAGGAUCCCAGAGAGCCCAAUGAUCCCAGGGAGCCCAAUGAUCCCAGAGAGACCAAUGAUCCCAGAGAGACCAAAGAUCCCAGAGAGACCAAGGAUCCAAGAGAGCCCAAGGAUCCAAGAGAGCCCAAGGAUCCCAGAGAGCCCAAGGAUCCCAGAGAGCCCAAGGAUCCCAGAGAAAUCAAGGAACCCAGAGAGCCCAAGGAUCCCACAGAGCCCAAGGAUCCCACAGAGCCCAAGGAUCCUGACGAGGAAAAACCACCACAGCAAAUGGGAAUUUUUAAGCGUAUUUCAAAAUUCAUACAGGGAACUAAAGAUGAAAAACCUCCGAGAACGGAGCAAAAUCAGAAAUCUAAAGAAGAGUUGCAUCUACAAAAAGAAUCAGAUCAAGAGUUGGAGCAAACUGCAUCAGAUGAAAGCUUAUUGAAGAUGGAAUCUACCCCAAAACAAGAGUCAGAUGGACAGACAGAUGAUGAGCUUGAAGUUAUCAGCCAAACUAAUGAAAGCCAGAACGAACGAAUGCCCAGGUUUGUACUGGAUGUUGACGACCAGGGACAUGAACAAGAAGAUGGAAAAGACAAUGGUAUUAUAAAGCAUGAACUAACGAUCGUAAUCCAAAGCAAGAAUGGAAAGCUAGGACAUGAGACCGAGGAAGAACCAGGUGAACAUAAAACAGAAGUUACAUUUAUAGAAGAACCGGUUGAUAAAGAACUGACUAACACUGUCCAAUCAGAAGUAAAGGAAUCGGACCAAGAGCAAGGAGCAACAUCAAAGGAUUUACCCGAGGAAGCGGAGGUGAUUCACGAACAGGAACAAGAACCGGAAUCAAGACCAAGUGAAAAAAACAAAAGAACGGAAGAUAAUAAGCGAGCCUGUUGAGUGAAGAAACCAUCAGUCUUUUAAGUAGUGAAUCACAAAGAGAACAAGAACUUGAAGGCAAUCAAUAAGAACCAAAUAACCAUUACAUGUACAUUGUACAGCCUUCCCAGUUUUAAGAGACAAUAACUGGACGACAGUAAUUUUUCAAACGGUGAUCACAAUAUCAUGGUGAAAUUGCUUUUGCGUAUUUUGGAUCUCCUGGUUAAUGGGAUUAAUUGAUCAAUAGUGGUCUUCAAAGUAGUUCCUUGGUAAAAAGAAGUAUUCAUUUUCUAGUAUUAAAUUUGUGAUUAAAAUUCGUCAUCAUUUAUCAUAUAAUGACUUUUUGAUGAAGACGAGUUGGAAAAAGAUUUGAUCUCUUUAGGAUUUUGUCAACACGACAAAGGGUUUUAUGACGUCCUAUUUCAUAACGGUCUGUAUUUUGUGUGCAUGGAUUGGUUCGUUUAUUUCUGAAUUUUGAUGAUAUUCACUUAAAAUGUCAAAUAAUUUGGCCUUAAUUUAAGUUUGCUUAAUAAUGGUCUUUGAACUUGCUGUUUGGACCGUAAGAAAAGAUGAAAGUGGGCUCAAUUCUCAACUUAAUUGACAUUUUGUGUAGUCAGAUACGAGACAAUACAAAAGUGUUGUGUUUAUGAUUAUGUGGUUCAGGAUAAUUUUAUUGUUAGAGCUUCUUGUUGUUACCGACAGUAAAAGUCAAAGAGGGCUAGAUAUAUUCAAAUGUAGAAUAAAAUAAAACUCGUGAUGCUACAAGAUGACAGUCAUAGUCCAUGAAAUUAUAAAGGUACAGCAAAAGUACAUGUUAAUAGAAAUUAAAAACAUGACGUGCUUCAGUUUACUGUAAUAAUAAACCUUAUUAACUUUACAGAGCUCCUUUUUAUUUCAAAUUCAGACGAUUUAAAAACAAGAAGAAAAACAAGAAGAAAAAAAGAAAAACAAUCAUCAACUAUAAUGUAAAGUGUAUUUUGUUCUUACAUUGUCGUUCCUUUGUAUAGAUGUUGGCUUGACUCUUUAAUGUUUAAUUGUUACAAUAUUAUUUAUAUUACGGUUAGUUGACGAUAUAACUAUAAACUCGAAAAUUAAUAAUAAAAGUAGGUGUUUGCAGUGUAAUGUGGUGUUAACAAGUAUAAUAAAGUAAUUAUUACUGAUAGUUUUAACCAAUAACUUUCUGUCUACAUUCAGAAGCGAAACGAUGAUGAAAGGAAGCAAUGGGCCAAACUGUUCUUUCUGAUUAUCAAUAGUCAAACCUGACGGUAAAUAGAAGAUUGUGUAAUUAACGUUUCCGUGAAAGUUUUUUGGUUUAUUCACAACUUUUGAACAAAAUUUUCUUUAAAUUAUUACACAAAAGGGUUAAAAGAGGACUGUGGAAAUUGUGAAUUCUGGAAUGAUACGUAAAAAAAUAAAAUAAAAAGUAAAAUAUAAUUAAAACAAUCCCUGUGGACGGAU